AUUUGAUAGAAGUAUAUAAAAGUAUGAAUCAAAUAUGAUAAAAAAGGCAAUAAAGGGUAAAGUUGACAGGUGGUAAAAGUCUGACAUGUUCAGGGUGUGAUAUAAACAGGCAGGCAGUAGGCACCUGUCGACACAGAGCAGCCAAUCAGACGACAGCUCUGCGGUGAAAUGCUGCUGAACCUGUAAGGCAGAGAGAGAGAGAGGGGAGAGGGAGGGUGAGUCUCAUUGAGUCAGAGAGGAACUCCCACAGAGAGAGAGAGAGAGGGAAGAGGCAGACUUAGAGAGCGAGCGACGUCCAGCCGCUCACACCUGCUGCUGGUCAGAACACACCGUGACAUCACUGUGACAUCAUGAGUUUCGUCGCUGGACCCCCAGAGGACAGGUACAACAAAACAAAUCAUAUCACAGACACAGACACAGACACACACACACACACACACACACACACACAGUGACAGACCCUGUGUGUGAAUGUGUGUGUGUCUAAGAGUCUGUGAGUCUAUGAUAUGAUGUGUGUGUGUGUGUGUGUGUGUGUUUGUGUGAUAUGAUGAGUGUAUGUAUGUGUGUGUGUCUGAGAGUGUGUGAUAUGAGUGUGUGUAUGUAUGUGUGUGUGUGUGUGUGUGUGUGUGUGUUAGUGUGUGUGUGUUUCCUGUUCCAGCUCAAAGAGGAAGUGUGUUUGUUGUAUUUCGUGUUUUUGGUCCCGGUGCUCGUUCUUCCAGGCGGACAGUGAAGUGGUCAUGGCAUUGCUGUUAAGUGUUCCUGAUCAGCAGGAAGCGAUGUCAGCUUACUUCCUGUCCUCCACUGGGGACGAUGGGUCUCCAGGUGUGGUUCUGGUCCAGGAUUAGAUCUGUAUCAGGAACUGGUUCAGUUUGACCCCCCCGAAAAGACACUUGAAGACCCUGAAACAUCUUUUGGAUCAGUGGAAUAUUUUUAUAUUUACUCUCCAGAUCCUCUCAUCAGUUUUACACAAAAGCUUUUCAAUGAUCCUUGGAUUUUCUCAAGGACCACUGACCUGUAUCAAUGGUCUCAGGAUUUUCUUCUCGAAGAUCUAGAACAUCCCAGAGGAACCCUGAACCCCCUCAAACAAACACUGUGAGUAUGACCAAAACCCCUGGAAUCUCCAGGAGAAUCCUUGAAACCCUGAGACUCUCCUGGAUUAUCUUUGGGGUCUUUAACAACGACUUCAGGACCUCUUAUGGUCACCAAACAAAAACAUUCAAUUGAGCGCAGAACAAAUUUUACUUUAUUAAACAACAUAAUUCAAAAAUAUUUCAGUUAAAAAAAAAUUCAUGAAAAGACAUAAAGUGAGUUCAUGAAAACUAUGACGCCAAAAAAAAAUUUUUCCUUGAUUUUUUAUUUUUUGUUUCUUGUUUUUGCUUUUUAUGCUUUCAGACAAAAUUUUUUGGUGAAAUAUUUUUGUGUUUUGUGGAGUAAAUUUCAGCUUUUUGGUGAAAAUAUUUUAUUUAUUUUAAAGAAUUUUUCAAGUUCUGUGAAAAUUUUUUGUUAUAUAAUAAUUUUUGCAUGAAAUAUUUUAGUGAAAUAUAUGUACGUGCUUUGAAAUUUUUGCUUUUUGCAUUUGAAUGUUUUUGGGCUUUAAAAAUUUUUGAAUGAAACAUUUUUUGUUUUUGUCUGCUUGAAAAAAAACUUUUGCUAUGCUAGUAGAAUUCAAUAUUUUGUUUAAAGAUUUUUGUUUUUGUGAAAGAGUUUUUACUUUUUUGGGACAUAAUUUUUUCACUGUGAUUUUUCUUUUCAGCAAAUAUUUUUGCUUUUUAUUUCAAACAUUUCUGCGUUUCUUUUAAUGAUUUUGGUUUUCAGUAAAUAUUUGUGCCGUUGACCUUCAGGUCACUUUACCUUUAAUCCCACCACAUAAAAACCAUUGCCAACAGACCGAACAGAAACCUGCUGAAGUUGGAUUUUCCCCACCAGACCCUGAAGGCACCGCUAAGGAAACAAGAUCCCUGAUUAAAGGAUGACGUACCAUCUGCUUACUCACACACACACACACACACACACACACACACAGAGGUGUGGUCACCUUUGUGGAUGUGUCAGCCUUCUGCUUCAGUGACAACAAACAAAGUAACAAUAGAGCCCCGCCCCUUUUACCUGCACAGGUGAGUCUGUGUGAAGAGUCACAAUCAAAGCUGUCAGACAGGUUGGUUCACUCUUAUCAGAUUUUAUGAGCUGCCGGAUCCACUGUGUAUCAGACUGAGGAGAGAGUUACCUGUCGACAGGUCAAACUCACCUGUCUGAAGAUUUUCAUUGAACCACAAAAUCAGGAAGAAACUUCGAAACACUAAAGGAGAAAACAGAGAGGGUAAACACAGACGAGGGAGAGAGAGAGAGAGAGAGAGAGAGAGAGAGUGUGUGUGUGUGUGUGUGUGUGUGUGUGUGUGUGUGUGUGUGUGUGUGUGUGUGUGUGUGUGUGUGUGUGUGUGUGCGCGUGUAAAAAGUGAUGCUUUCAGGUUAAUAAGGUUAUAAACCAAGCAAACUCCACUCAGGUUCAGGUUUUAUGAUGCUUGUGUUUUUGUCCCUGCAGGGCUCCUGUAGAUGCCUCUGACCCCCCAAACAUCCAGGACAUGGAGCUGAGAGAGGAGUGGCAGGAUGACGGCUUCCCCAGGUCUCAUCAUAACGCCAUCUUUAAAAUCAACAUUUUUUUUUUUUGAUAACAUCCACCUUUAAAAAAAAAAAAAAAAACACCUAAGAAGACCUUCAGCUACAAAACUCUCCACCUUCAAAAAGACUCUUCAUAAAUUCAGCCUUGAAUCCUUUAAAACCACCCACCUUAAAAACACUGUACAGAUUUAACCAUCAGUUAUGAAACCGUUUUAAUAAUCUGUGUAAUGUCCCUUUAAUUGAACCUCCUCUUGUUUCAGACCUCUCCCAGAGAGUCCAGGGGAGGCGGAGAGUCCAACCGGCGGAGGGCAGCCAGGUAAGACAGGGGACUGUCAGAGUUUCUGUGGAGGAGUUUGAUUGGUCCAGAUUGUGCUGUUGGACCUUGUCCCUUCACUCUGUCUCUUACUUUUUUCCCUAAGCUCCGCCCACCAGCCUGGCCCUAUCGGGAGGCGCCCCAAAGAAGCGUCUGGUGGCACCAUCGCUCAGCCUCACUCUGAGCCGCAGAGACUCUCACCCGAGCAAUGACGGCUUCUCCGCCGCUGCACUGUCGGCAACGCCAGAUGAGACACCGUCACUCAACAUCGACCUGGAGGCUCUGGAGACGCCAUCAGGAAGCGAAACGGGAACACUGCCCGACAGCUCGCAUGAGCUGGAGUGGGAAGGUGAGACGGGAUAACGACAGAUAACAUCUGAUGUCUGCAGAUAACAAAAAAAACCCUCCCUAAAACACCUGUCUGCACUUCCACCUGCGUAUGCGGGACGCCAAAGCCUGUGACAGGGAGAGCAGCAGCAAAGACCAACAGGCUCUGGUUUGAGAAGUCUCUCCCCUUCAGUUAGUGUUUAUGUAAUACUUAAGCCCACAGUGGGGAGUGCAUGCCUUUCUGUUUCAUGUACAUAUAGAAAAAGUGAAGGCAGGGAGAGCAGCAGCAGAGACACCAUGACUCUGUCCUGAAAGCUCUUUGCACUUUUACCUCUGUAUGUGGCACACCAAGUCAUUUUAGACACAACAUCAAAAAGAGGAGCUGGGCUGUGGGAGGGUCACUAACUGGAUGGUAGAAGGUAAUCCCCCUGAACUGUCAGCUGACUGGGGCUGGCUUUAAGAUCAGCUGAUGUGCUGUGAACAUUACAACUAACCCCCAAUUUCCACCACAUCCAAAACAGCUACUAAAAGGUUGUACCCUCUGAUCGUAGCUGAUGGUAACCAUUCAAGUUAAUGUGUCAAUUUCCACCGGCUUCUUUCCGUUCCUCUACAGAUCGCCAGACUCCACAGCUGAUCGCAAGAGUUCUAUAUUUUCUGGACGCCGGAUAAAUUCAGCACAGAUUAACCCGUGCUGGAAAGGAAGUUGGGCACAGGCACAAAAUAAAACAUCCGGCUUCUUUUCCAAAUAAAACACUCCCUGUUUCAGGCAGAUCGUAUUUCACACCAUGUAAAUGGGCAGAGACGAACAAGUGAAAGGUUUAUAGACAUCAUUUCACCCCGAUGACACCAUGGAUGAGGAGAUGCUGAUCCUAGAAGUCUAGAAGUAGAUUUCCUCCUCUGGAAGGACACAAUCUACUGCUUAUAUGUCUAUGUGUCUGUCUUUAUGGAGACAACUCGUUAUCGCGUGAUUGAACUUGAAUCUGCGGGUUCUUGUGAGUUCUCGCAAUUCCUGCUGUCCGUAAUCUGCCACGAAAUUCACCUCACAAACGGAUCCGGUAGGAAUUGGUGUAUGGUAAAAACGCCGCCAUUCCGGAUGUGGUCGAUAUCCUGGGUUAACUGACUGGCCUGCCUGAACUAACACUGUACUCAAGAUAAGGAUAUGGGCGGAGAUAUGUAGCAUGUUGUCAUCUGCAUAUCAUUGAAUACAGAUAUAACAUCAACUGAGGAACCCAGAGGAACAUCUUCUCAUCCCUCUAAACUUUGAUCUUUGACCACUCUCUGUCAGAUGACCUUCCCCGGAUGGCCAGGAUGGCGGCUGGGGGCGGGGCCACAGUGGGGUCCAGGAGUCCAGUCGAGCAGUCAGAAGGUUUAAUGGAACUGGACCGAGUGGACAGCAGGGGCCGACGCUGGAGGAAAUUCUGUAUCUCAGGACAAGAAUACCACGUCAACAUGAGCGUCAUGGAGCCGUACCUGCAGGUCCUGUCACAUGGAGGUCAGAGGUCACACACUCUCAUACACACCUGCAUGUUUUCACCUUUGACAUUACUAAACUCAAACAGGAUUUCAGUGAUGUCAUAUGUUUGUACUGAAGAGGACAAAUUCAUGAUACAUGAAAAAUUAUAUAAAUAUUUUCUCUGGUGCAGUUUUAGUUUUUUUUUUUAACCGUUUUUCAUUCACAGCCUGUUCCUGUCAUCGUUGUGUUGAUGAAGUUCGUUCAGAUCAUUGCCGAUUUUCUGCGCCUGUCAACCACUGUAAAAAUGAUCAAUAGAAACUGUAAACGCGUUUAUUUCUGCUGUUAAGUUUAACAUUGUAACAUGAGGCUCCAUGGGGACAGCCUCUAGUGGACACUCACAUAACUGCAGUUUUUGGUAUUUCUAUUUUGGCUUCACUUUUCAACAGUUUUUUUGUCAAUUUUUUUUGUCAUGAGAGUAAAAAGGAGGAUUUGAAUCUUUGUGAUUAUUUUUGGUGCUGAGAGAAUUUUAAUUUGGUAAAACUCUGUCUCUGAUUGGCUGUUAGGUUACUAUGGCGAUGAAAUGAACGCCAUUAUCCUGUUUACAUCCUGUUACCUUCCUGAGAACACAAUAGAAGACUAUGAGUACGUCAUGGACAACCUGUUCAGGUGAGUCUGCCUCACAGGUGAAACAGGAAGAGAAAAAUAUGUAAGAUCACAUGUGUAAGUGUGUGUGUGUGUGUGUGUGUGUUUUGUCUCAGGUACAUUGUGGGGACAUUGGACCUGAUGGUCUCAGAGAACUACCUGUUGGUCUACCUGUGUGCCAUGGCCCCCAGGAACAAGAUGCCGGCCAUCAAAUGGCUCCAUCAGUGCUACACCUCCAUCAACAGGAGGUAUGCUGGGUUAGCUCACCUGCACAGCCCUGCAGAGAGGAGCACACACACACACACACACACACACACACUCACACACAAACACACACACACACACACACACACACACACACACACACACACACACACACACGUCCACCAAUAGUGGACUAUCAGCCCAGACUGACUAAGAAGGGACCCCUAUUUCUGGUUAUUUUAGUAAAACCAAAGUAAAAUAGAAAAUUUUGUUUGAAGGCCUUUUAACAUAAUGUUACUUGAAAUGUUACUUUUAAUUAUUAUUUUUUUUAAUUGCCAAGAGGGGACCUGGAUCCUUGAGUGAGAUCUACCAGUCUAACGGGGACCUCCAUAUAAGGCAGUGGAGCUGUCUGAACCCAUUCACACUAAUGCUGAUGAUGAGAGCUUGUUUACCACAAUGACUUUCUUUAUUUCUUUCAAAAAUGGCUGAUUUAACUUUUAUGUGAUAAUUAUUUAAACAUUUCUCUCUGAGAAAAAUAUUUAGAAAAUAUUUGGGCCCCAUUGAUUCUGUGGAUUACACACACACACACACACACACACACAAACAAACACACACACACACACACACACACACACACACACACACCGAUUAACACAGUCUCCAUUAUCAUUUGUGUACAGACUGAAAAAGGACCUGAAGGGUCUGCUAGUGGUCCAUCCUGCCUGGUACAUCAAAGCUUUGCUCACGGUCAUCAAGCCCUUCAUCAGGUCUGUAACACACACACACACACACACACACACACACACACACACACACACACACACACACACACUGGACACACACACACUAAUGCAAACACACACUUUUGAACAUUAGUUCCUAUCAUCCAGCCCUGCUUUGAGAUGAGGAUCAGGCUUAACUAAACCUGGCUUCAGGACCCCUUGUUUUGUUUUGGGAUUUCUCUAUUUUAGCUCCAUCCAGCCUACUUUGUCCUCAAAAUGGACAUGCAUUACUUUUUUUUGACUCAAAUCUCUUAUCUGUGCCAUGUCACUGCUGUUGUUAAUGGUGAAAAACACAAAAUUGCGAUAUUUCUCAUAUAAAAUGACCUAGAUGAAUUUUUUUUAAUGAAAAGAGUCUGGGCCAUGUCAAUGAUGAGAAGUAAAGCUGAUUUUGGUGCAUUUAAAUUAUUUUUGUAGUGCCAAUUUUCCGUAUUUAAAGCCCCAUCCAGCCUACCUUGUUCCCAAAAUGGACAUGCAGAUUAGUGUUCGUAAAAUAAUAAUUUUUUUACUUUUUUUUUUUUACUUUUUUUGAUUCAGAUCUCUUAAACAACUUCAGCCCUAACCAUGAAAAAGUAAUGAAUAAAAAAUUCAAUGUAUUACCCUUUUUAUUCAAGUUUUUGUGCAACAUGUCAUAUUUGUUGAUUAAGUGUGCGUUCUAAACAGCCAUUUUUACCUUCUUUUCUCGUGCCUUGUCCUCAGCAAAAUCAAAUGUGAUCAAAUUCAUUUGUUCAUGUUAAAUUACUUUUAUAUAUAGGCAUAUAAAAUCAGAAGAUAUACACUACAGGCCAAAAGUUUGGAAGCACGAUCAGAUUUGUACAAAAAAAGAUCAUAGUUUCAUAUAUAUAAUUUGCAACACAAUAAACAUGACUAUUGUGUAAAGAGUAACAUAUCAGAAGACAUUUUGACUAUAAUUAUUAGGUAUUAGAGUUAUUGUUGCUUAGACUUUGCUUUCUUUAAAGUAACCUCCUCUAGCUUUAACGACAGCAUGGCAUAUACUAGGCAUUUGUUUUUUAAGGUAUGUUCCAGGGAUUGCAUUCCAGGCUUUCUUAAGUUCAUUAAAAAGAGACUGCUGAUUCGUGGGACACAUUUUUCAGAUUGAUCGAUCCAAUUCGUCCCGCACAAGCUCAGUUGGAGAAAGGUGUGGAGACAGAGGGGGCCAAACCAUCUUUUGAAGAACACCUUCCUCUUCUUUUUUGUCAAGGUAACCCUGACAGAGCUUGGAAGAAUGCUUAGGGUCAUUGUCUUGCUGAAAAACAAACUUAUGACCCACAAGUCUGAGUCCAAGAUGGAACAGCAUGAUGCUGGAGGAUGGAGUGGUACUGUUCCUUCUUCAUAAUACCCUUUACUUCAAACAAAUCUUCUACUCCAUCACCUGCAAAUCAUCCCCAUACCAUGGAACUACCAACUCCUUGCUUAAUUGUGGGUGUAACACAUGGUGCUUUCAGACGUUCACCAGUUUGUCAAUGACAAACUGACUCUACGUUGUGAACCAAAUAGUGCAAACUUGUUUCUAGUCAUCAUAAGUCCAGUUUUUGUGAGCUUUUGCCCACUCAUAUUAGGCUGUAUUGGCUGAGUGAGAUCGUGUUGGUUCGUUCGACUUCAGUGGGGCAACAUAAACUGUGAUUCAUAAAAUAGCUCUAUUGAUAGUAAGUACUAAUAAAAAAUAUCUACAUAUGCCAUCCAGUCGAUUUUUAGUAAUCAGUGUUUCGGUGUUGAACUAUUUCCCUUCUGCGGCGUAGUGAUACUUGCACACGCGCAAUCGAAUAUGCAGAGAGGUGAAGCAAUUUUUGUUACGUGGACCAAUAGGAGCCGAGUCUCGUUGCCAUAGUAUAAGAAAUACACAAACAUGGUGACGAGCGCAUCUAGCAGCGAGACAAGCGAGGAGGAAGAAAAGAAUAGGAAAAAAAGAAAACAGCCUUCAAAAGUGCAUAAAAAAAUGAGCGAAAAGAUGCUAUAUGCAUCUAUCAUCUGUCCAGAGUGAAGACGUUCUCGACUUUACAAGGACACAUUGGGAAACUUACAGAACUGGUAUUAGAAAGUGGCUUUCUCUACAGGGUGAGACAAAGGACCUUGCAGAAACUUAUAAACAUUGUGUUGAUAUCGAAUUUGACAAUGUUCCUGAUGACGCUGGGUUUCACAUGACAUGCUACCAGUGAUUUAUUUGCAAAAGGGGUUUGAGAAACAAGAACGUGAUGCAGCAGCGGGUCAGUCAAACCCCUCAGGCAGCAUCGCCGAUGCAUCCACGUCCACGGCAUCUGAAACUCCGCAAAAGAAAUUUCGCUCGAGGUCAUAGGCUGUAUUGGGACAAAGGAAAAAGUGCCUAGAAAGUGAAUUUCGUUCAACUACGCUGGUGCUACUUGUUCAAUGCAUUUUUGCGAUUUACUUUCUAGGCACUUUUUCCUUUGUCCCAAUACAGCCUAUAUCUCUUCUUGUUCUGUGGAUGAAGUAGUUUUUUUGCAGGUACACAACCCUUCAGACCAGCCUUUCUCAAACGUCAUUUCACGUUUGUCAGAGAUAUGGGUUUUGACCUUGUCAUGUUGAUUUCCUCCCUUAUUUUUGGUGCUGUCUUUCGCCGAUCUCUCUUACUGGUGACAAUGCUAUGUUUAUCCUCUGAUUUUGUAGUAACUCUCUUUCAUCCAGGUCUUUUUCUAUCAUCAUAACUUCCAGGUUCCUCUAGUCUCUUCAGAGUGUAGUGGACUCCUUUAUUAAACAUCUUUAGGCGUUUUGCAGUUUCUCUUUCUGUGUAUCCUUUUUUCCUCAAUGUACAAAUCUGUACUUUUGUUUCUUUACUCAGUUGCUUCUUUCCAGCCAUUUUUGUGGUAGUUUGAACGCAGUUGAGAUUUAUUAGGAUUUUUGUAUGCAGACUCUCAAAAGCCAAAAAGUUGAAGAGAAUAAUCCAACUGUGAUUUGUCUUUUUGCUUUUGCACUGAAGUUGUGACUCUUGCAAAUGUUUUCAACCCUAAAACUAAGCCCUUAUUAUCUUUUGCUGACAUAUGUUUAGCAAUGGUGUGUUCACAUUAAUGUUAAACAUAUGUCAUAUAUCUAAAGGUAAAUGGAGUAAAAUGGUGCAUUUCCAUGAAAGCAACAUCUGAUCAUGGAGUAAAUACAUCCCAAAAUACAUAAAACUGACGCUGGAUUUUAAAAAAAGCAUUAUGAACAAAAACUUGAAGUUACUUCCAACUGUUCGGCCUGUAAUGACCUUGCUUCCAAACUUUUGGCCUGUAGUGUAUGUAAGAUAUGAGUCAUUUACAAGUGGUUAUCCACCUCUAACCAAAAUAUGACCGUGAUUACGCUGAUUGAGUGCAUAUAAAAAAUAACUGCAUAUUUGAGAUGUGAUAUCUUCUCAUCUAAUGAUCUGAAGGACCUUUUCAUCCUCAUGCAUGUCCAUCCACUUGCUCUGAAGUGAGGGCAAAGUUUAUAUUGUCCAAAUGUCCCCCUCUCUUUGUCCCACACUGCAGAACUUGGACGUUGGAUUUUAGACUGUAAAAACUCCGCUCAAGGCAUGACCGGUUAAAAACAUGGACACAGAUUCGCACCUGUGCAUAUAUGCAGGAGCACACAAACUUUCCUUACACACAUAUCCCACUCUUAGAUAUCCAUAUCUAGUGGCAUGUAAAGUUCCAUUUAUUUCUGUUGAUGUUUAGUGGAUGAAUCAGCGCUUCAAACACUCUCAGUCCACGAAUGAAGACUUGCGUGUGCGGCACAGAAGGGGUUAAAAUGAUGUGCUGGCUUAAUCUGUUGUAUCACUGGCGGAAAGUCAAAUUUAGAGCCCUGCUGAUCGACUGACUGCAAAAAAAGGUUGUAUUAUGUUGUUAUGGUGCCAUAAACACAUGGUCAAAAAACCUGUUUUUAAUGGAAGUCUAUUGUCCGAUUUGAGGACAAAGGAGGGUGGGUGGAGCUAAAAUAUGGCGACAGAGAACUACAGGUGACACAGAGUUUUGUUUUUUUUAAUAUGAAGAAAAAUGAGAACUCUCACCAAAUUUGAUGCCCCAAUCUUUAAAAAUGUGCUGUCAGCUCAAAAUAAAGAUGAAAAAAAAAAGACAAAUGUCCUCAAAACGGACAGAGUAGGAACCAAGGAUUAAUUCUGACCUUAAGCGGUUGGACCCUGAAGGUCAUGUCCAAGUUUUCCAGCUUCUCCUUUAAAGCUGUGAACUCUGAGCUGAUGUGAUAGUGACCAGGAUUUAAAGAUAGGACCACCAGGAACUCUUUCAGCAUGUCCCUAAAGUUCCUCUUUGACUCCUCAGUGAGAAGUUCGGCAGGAAGAUCUGCUUCAUCCAGAACCUGCAGGAGCUCUCCGAGUACAUCCCCACGGACCGACUGCAGAUCCCAGAUGCCAUCCGCAGGUAAAACCGUCUCCGCUGUAAACCUGGGACUGGUCCGUUUAGAAAUGGGUCCGCUCUGAUUUGAGGUUCAGACGGUGACAGCAGGAGGUCUCUGAACUGAUCUGAACGGAUACCUGAGAGCUAGAACUUCACUGAAGAUUCUUCAGAACUUUUCUGUUGGGUCUUUUCAAAGUAAGCUCAGCUCAUGGGGUUAGAAGGUUCUAAUACCAGAACCAUAUGGACUCCACCAGAGCCCUUCUGUGGUUCUGUUGUCUUUGCUGUGGUUCUUCAAGGUCUACUGAGGUCCUACUGACUCUGCUGUGUUUCUGCUGAGGUUCUGGGCUGGGAAAAAAUGGGUCUCUCCUGAUAUUUCUCUGGUAUCAACUCUCUUGUGAUCACACCAUGGUUCUACAGACUGAGCAGCUGUUUUUGGACUUAACUCUGGUUCUACUCUGGUUCUAUGUGGCUCAACUAGGAUUCUACUGUAGUUCUAUAUACAAGGCUGUGCUAAAUAUGCUUGUACUGAUCGGACUGUGGUUCUGUUAUCUCUCUGAUGUACAUCUGUGGUUCUGCUGACCCCUCUGUGGUUCUGAUGACCCUUCUUUGGUUCUACAGACCAAACUGCUAUUGUUGGACUCUACUGUGGUUCUUCUUUGGUUCUGUGUGGUUCUAUAGACAAGGCUGUGCUAAAUAUUCUUGUACUGGUUGUACUGUCUGUGGUUCUGUUAUCUCUCUGAUGUACAAACUGUUUUUGUACUGUGGUUCUGAUGACCCCUCUGUCGUUCUUCUGACUCUACUGUGGUUCUGAUGACCCCUCUGUCGUUCUACUUACUCUACUGUGGUUCUACUGUGGUUCUGCUGACUCCUCUGUGGUUCUUCUUACCCCUCUGUGGAUCUGAUGACCCCUCUGUUGUUCUGCUGACUGUACUGUGGUUCUACUGUGGUUCUUCUGUCCCCUCUGUGGUUCUUCUGACCCUUCUGUGGUUUUUCUGUCCCCUCUGUGGUUCUGCUGACUCCUCUGUGGUUCUGCUGACUCUACUGUGGUUCUACUGCUGUUCUUCUGUCCCCUCUGUGGUUCUUCUGACCCCUCUGUGGUUCUGCUGACUCCUCUGUGGUUCUGAUGACCCACCCCUUUGGUUCUGAUGACCCGGCUCUUGGUCCUUGUGUCUCUGCAGGUUCGAUGAAAACCUGGGCCGAUGAUGAUCACUGAGGUCAACAAACUGUUUAGGUCCUAAAAGUCAAAGGGAUGACCUCUGACCUCUUGUUUGUAAAGAGGGUUUUUAUUUAUACUGUCUGUCUUUAACUUAAUUAAGGGGGGGGGGUUAAACCUGGUUCUCCUGCAGGUCCUGACUUAGAUGGUCCUGAUAGUUCUGGUUCUGAUGGUCUGAAGAGAAUCCUGUUUUUCAUUUGAACAAGCAAAAAACAAAGAGAACAAAGAGAGUUCCUGAUGGUUGUUAUUAUACCGUUGUUAUUCUUCUUCUCUCCUAAUAUGAAGAGUUCGUCUGAGGAGUUUCUUCCUCUCUUUCUUCAUCAGUGUAUAAUCACAGUGACCUCUGGUGGAGCUCAGAGGAACUACAGUCUCACACCAACAAGCUCAGUGAACAAUGUGUAAUCUAAACCCCUACCAUGAUGAUAAUAAAAGCACUGAACAAACCUGUGACAGAGUUUGACGCUUGUUUUUCUAAGUUUAGACAGAAUUCACACUUCUGGUUUGACAUGAAUAAAGUGUCACUCCAUUUCGGCAAAACUAAAUGUAUUAUAUUUGAAUAGAUUUGAAUAGAAUAUUCCUUUAUUGAUCCCCCAUGGGGGAAAUUUUUUUGUCACAGCAGCAUCACAGACAAAGAGUGCAAAAAUGCAGUUAUAAAAAUAAAUAUCGUAAUAUAAAGAACUUAAAUAAAUGUAAUAAUUAAGAAAAAAAAUCAGGACUGAGCACCCUGAGAGUGGCAGCAAGUCACAGCAGCUCGUCACAGAGUUUAAGUUUUUGCCUUUUUAUUGUUGUUUUUUGCACCUUAUUUGUCUUUCCUUUUAUUAAGCAGUGAUGUGUUUUGCAUAUUCUAACCAUGGAUGUGCAUUUCAUGACUCUAGCACUUUGUUUUCUCUUACUUUUUGGAGUUUUUAAGUCCGCGUCUGGUGACCCGUUCAGCGGCUCCAUUGUUUACAGCCGUGAACAGCUGUUGGUGCUGCGUCAAGCCCGGCCACCUUUGUUGGACAGACCGGACUUCCCCGCCAAGCUCCGCAGGAGAAGACGAGGAUGCAGAGCUGGAGUUCAGCAUCGGGCAAAGCGGAGACGUUAUAAACCAACUGUCCCGUCCAUUAUCAUGGGAAACGUGAGGUCUCUUCCCAUCAAGAUGGAAGAGCUCACAGCACUGACUCGGCUGCAGUGGGAGUACUGGGAGUGCAGCCUCAUGAUGUUCAUGGAGUCAUGGCUGAACGAACUCUCUCCGGACCCGCUCGUAACUUUGGACGGAUUUCAUCUUGUCAGAGUGGACUGGAG